UUUCAAAUACAAUAAUUUAUGUAAAUAAUUUGUAAUAAAAAAUCACCCAGUUCUUUUUCCCCGAUUUCCAUUUUCGCCUUCACUCCGACCUCAGAAAAACGGAAGAGAGAAAGGGGAGAUUGCAUCUUCAACGAUGAAACCGAUCAUCUAAUACGGCGUCGUAUCAGGGGUUUUUGUAUGGAUUUCGAUUGUUGCCCCAGUGAGGAUAGCCUUCCGGUACUGCAGUUGCGGAAAUGGGGUCCCUCUGAAUUUCCGUAUAAUCCUUCCAAUUUUAGAGAGGGUUUUAUUUCUCCAACAAGGAAGUCGUUGUUGUUACUUUCUUACGAUUUUGAGGCGCUAUUAAUUCCCUUAGUUAAAGGCCUAUGCCUGAAUAAAAAGGAUCCUGAUUUUUCUUCUGAUGCAAAAGAUUAUAGUACACAUGAAUUGAGUCUGCCUAGUAUUUCUGGCUCGAGGGAAAAUUUAUCUAGCUCUUCUGAAUCUGAGCAGUUGGGUAGUGGUAUUGACUGUACACCAGUGGUUGGUUUUUCAGGAUAUACAGAUGUGUUUAUAUCUGAUGUGGAUUCUGUGGCAUGGGGUCUAUGUGGGGAUUCACGUGAACAGCAUGAAGAGGCUUCGUUUCAAGAGCUACUAUUUGUGUCGGGAAAACACGGGGUGGUUGUACAUGCUUUUCCUCGACGUAAUGAAUCCAGUGAAGUAAUAAAACCUGCAUUAGCAAUUGAUGUUGGGAAAGGGACAUGGGCAGAGUGGGGUCCGUCGACGACGUUAUCUCCCGUUUUGGAGGCUCAGCAAGAAUCCGAAUCUGAUGUUAAGGACUCUAGGGAAAGGUCAAAUAGUUUUCAUGGAGAACCUAUGGGUGAUGGUCAGCCAGCAGCUCCAAAGAAAUGGUUGCGCACUUUCUUGACUAACGUUGAAAGUCCAACACAAGGUAAUGAUGUUUACACCAGGUUUCCAAGAAAACCAUCCUUCCCUAAAAAUGCUGUUGUUUCAUUUAGGAUAUUUGAUCAGGAUUCACAGUUCUUGGACUUCCUUUCUCAUGAUAGUACGAAAACAUGUGAUCAAGAGAAUUGCAGCAUGCCACUUGACGGUCCUGUAGUCAAUAAACCAGAUACAGGUCUUGUUUCAUCCAACGUGGCACUUGAGAAUGAUAAUGUUUCCAACUCUAGAGAUGGUGCGGCCAGCAGUUUGUAUAAGUGCCUCAAAGUGUUCUCGAACAAUUCAUAUCAGUUGGUUGGAUUUGCUCUAGCCGUGAUUAGUCCUACACAUGUCGAUACUGGUUAUGAAAAUGGUGGAAAUGAUAGUAAAAUUCUGAUAGCUGUGGCCAGAAUAGUUAGCUCGGGAAUACAGUGGCUGUACUCAGCAAAGCCUGACGAAAAUAUAGGUAGUGGGACAUUUGAGUGGACAGACUUUACUUUUUCCGAUAAAUUUCUUAUCUCUCUUAGUACGUCUGGCUUGAUCUUGUUUUAUGGUGCCACAACUGGUGCAUAUAUAGCCUCUAUUGAUUUUGUAAAUAUUAGUGGACCUGGUUAUUGUCUAAAUUCUCGAGACCAAAAAUAUGUCAGAGAUGUCCCUAAUCAAAUGUAUGAAAAGAGGUUUAAAAGGCUCUCCGUGUUUCCUCAUUCCUCAUUGUUGGGUGUGAUCGAUGAAUGUGGUGUAAUCUAUGUUUUGCUUACUGAUAACCAUAUCCCAGAACCUUCGUCUGGAAACAUCUCCACUUAUCAGCAAUAUCCAGCCCUUGGAACUUUAACUGGCUGGGAGGUUGGGGGUGCUGAAAUUGGCUACCAAAGGGUGCGUUGUAAUACUACGGGGAAGAUUAGUAGGUUACCAGCGCAUGUUAAAAGUUCUUAUUCCGUUGGUAGUUUACCAUGUAACGAGCAUCUAAAAAAUGAAGACAAUAAUAUCAAGGACUGGAAAAGUCACAGUGGCUCGUGUAUCAGUACUUCAUCUUGUGCAACCCAGAUAAUGAAUCAGAAGAAGUUUCUGGUUUCUGAUUCUGAUUUUUCAUCCCGCCACACGAGGAAAGUGUUUCUACCCCCAUCGGGGCACAGUGAAGAUGAUGUUAUUUGCUGUUCUCCUUUUGGUGUGACUCGCCUCAUUAAGAGAUAUAAGCAGAAAGGGUCCCAAGUUGUGCAUGCCAAUAUACAAUUAGAUUUCAUUGUGAAUGAUGAAAUAAACUAUAACAAGCAAGGCUGCGAAACCUUUUCUAACAAAGCUGUUGGUUGCAAUUUCCAUGGAUUUUUAUAUUUAGUGACAGAAAAAGGUCUUUCGGUUGUUCUUCCUUCAAUUUCAGUUCCAUCAAAUUUCUUUCCGGUUGAAGCAAUGGAAUAUAGUUUACCAAAUUGUAUCAAUAGCACAAAAUGUGAAGCUGGUAUUCUUAUGGGAUUUGGUGGAAUAAAGAAGCCCUGGUCACCUUGGAAAGUGGAGGUUUUGGAUAGAGUUCUUAUAUAUGAAGACCCUGAUGUUGCAGAAAAGUUAUGCUUGGAAAAUGAGUGGGACUUGGGGAUUUCUCGGAUCCGGCACUUGCAGUUGGCUUUGGUCUACCUGGAAUUUGACGAAAUUGAGAAAUCUCUGGAGAUGCUUAUGGGGGUCAAUCUGGCUGCGGAAGGCAUCUUGAGAGUCCUUUUUGCUGCUGUUUAUUUGAUGUUCUAUAAAGUAAGAAAUGACAACGAGGUUUCUUCUGCGUCAAGGCUUCUAGCGUUAGCCAGCAGUUAUGCAACGAGGGUCAUACGUAAAUAUGGUCUAUUGCAGCAUAAGAAAGUAACUGUGAGUUCAUGGGAUGUUAGAGGUAAUGAAGAUGCUUCGUUCCUGUUAGAGUUAACAGAUAAAGAACACGACGAAGAGGAAAAUUCAAGAAUCCUUAAGGAAAUGGCACAGUUUUUGGUGGUCAUCCGUGGUUUGCAGGGGCAAUUAGAUGCCAAAUUCAGAAGGCCAGGAGUGUUGACGGACAAUGGAGGGUUGCCGAACUUGGUUGGUGCAGAGUUACCUGAUGAUGAAUCCAAGGUUCCAAUUGUUUCAGAAGAUGGCUCAUCGUUGCAUAUAUCAGAUCGACAUCUAACUGCACUUCCUGCACCUGGAACAGGAUCAAGUGAUUCAGAAUAUCUUGCCUUAGUCCCUGUUGAUUCAAGCGGAGCCAAAAUCACAGAUUCUCAUAACUUUGAUGGAGCAGUCCUGGAUUCUGAAGGAAGUACUCUGGGAAAGAUGACUUUUAAAAUAGAAAAUCCGAAAGAUAUGAUUGCACGCUGGGAGAUGGAUAAUAUGGAUAUUAAAACUGUUGUGAAAGAUGCAUUACUUUCUGGCCGUCUUCCUUUGGCAGUUCUCAGAUUGCAUCUUCAUCAUUUGAAUAAUGUUGUACCUGGCAAGGAAACUCAUGAUACCUUUAAUGAUGUCAGAACUGCUGGAAGAGCGAUUGCUUAUGAUUUAUUUUUGAAGGGUGAGAUCGGGCUUGCUAUAACAACAUUGCAAAAACUUGGGGAGGAUGUUGAAACCACCUUGAAACAUUUAGUAUUUGGCACUGUUAGAAGAUCCCUCCGGGUGCAAGUUGCUGAAGAGAUGAAACGACGUGCAUACCUUGGACCACAUGAGUUGAAGAUGUUGGAGAUGAUAUCACUAAUAGAGAGGAUAUAUCCCUGCAAUAGUUUCUUCAGUACACUGGCUACCCGACAGAAGGAACUUAAGAAAGCACCCGUUGAAGAUGCAAUUGGGGAGAUAAGUCUUUCUCUAUUGCAUCCACUAUUCAAAAAUCGUACCAUUUCUUGCGGUGAGAUAGAUGGAGUUGUUUUGGGUUCAUGGACAACUGUUGAUGAGCAUUCUGUUGUUUCUGAAGUUGAUGAUGACAGCAGCCACGCUGCUUACUGGGUUGCUGCUGUAGCAUGGUCAGAUGCCUGGGAUCAAAGAGUUAUUGACCGUGUACUUCUGGGCCAACCUCUCCUUAUGGGUGUUAAUGUAUUGUGGGAAUCACAACUUGAGUACCAUGUAUGCCACAAUGACUGGUUAGAAGUUUCCAAGCUACUAGAGGUAAUUCCGUCAUAUGCACUAUCUCGUGGAAACCUUAGCAUCAGCGAUGCACAUGCAGCUUCAUCCAUUGAGUAUGGUCAGGAGUUUCCUGGAUAUAAUAAUUACAGCAACUUCCUUGAAGAGUUUGCUAUAUCUAUGGAUGUCCCGAGCAUCAGAAUUUUCAGGUUUUCUGCAAAUAGGGCAUGCUCUGCGUGGUUAAGAAUGCUCAUGGAACAACAGCUUGCAAAAGAAUUUAUCUUUUUGAUGGAUUACUGGCAAGGUACAGCUGAUAUUGUACCUUUGCUGGCCCAAUCAGGUUUUAUGAUUGACAUGCAUGACAAAUCAUUCCUGGAUGGAGCCAAUGACAGCUCAUCUGAUUCAUUACUAGUUACCGGUGAUGCAUCUAUUAAUCCGGAUACUGUCCAAGCGCUGCAUAAAGUUGUUAUACACUUCUGCGCACAGUAUAAUUUGCUGAACCUUCUGGACAUUUAUCUUGACAUUCACAAACUGGCUGUUGACCAUAACUCUCUUUCCUUUUUACUGGAUGCUGUGGCGGAUAAUGAGUGGGCAAAGUGCUUGCUCUUGCUGAGGGUUAAGGGAAAAGAAUAUGAUGCAUCGUUUUCUAAUGCGCGUGCAGUUGCUUCCCGAAAUUUAGUUCCAGGAAACAAAAUGAGUGUGUUGGAGACUGAUGAUGUCAUUAAAGCUGUUGACGACAUAGCAGAAGGAGCAGGGGAAAUGGCAGCUUUAGCCACGUUAAUGUUUGCUCCUUUGCCUCUGCAAGAGUGCCUUAGUAGUGGUAGUGUAAACAGGCAUUGUAGCUCUGCUCAAUGCACCUUGGAGAACCUUAGACCAACCCUUCAACGCUUCCCUACUUUAUGGAACACACUUGUUGCUGCAUGUUUUGGUCAAGAUCCUGUUUGCAGCAAUUUGGUUCUUAAGACAAAAGUGUCAGGCUAUUCUGAUUUGUUAGAUUACUUGAAUUGGCGGGAAGGUGUAUUCUUUUCUUCUGUCCGGGAUACUUCAGUUCUGCAGAUGAUUCCAUGCUGGUUUCCUAAAACUGUUCGAAGAUUGAUUCAGCUUUAUGUGCAGUCUGAACAGGGACCAAUUGGAUGGCAGUCCUUAGCAGACUCGGAAAAUGAAGAACUCUCUAUGCUGCAAGAUAUCUAUUACAUCGUAAAUUCCAGUGGUCAUGCUCAGAUCAGCGCGACCUCCUGGGAAGCUGCCGUCCAAAAGCAUAUAGAGGAGGAACUCUAUGCAUCUUCUUUGGAGGGAGCUGAGCAUGGGCUUGAACAUCAUUUGCAUCGUGGACGUGCAUUAGCUGCUUUGAAUUAUCUCCUUUCAGCAAGAGUCCACAAGUUGAAGGCUGAUAAUAAUCACCAGGGACAAUCUGAAACCUCAUCAAGUGGGCAAACAAACGUCCAGUCGGAUGUUCAAAGCCUCCUUGCACCAAUAACAGAGACUGAAGAGUCGCUUCUCUCAUCAGUUAUACCCCUUGCUAUUGAGCAUUUCGACAACUCUGUGUUGGUGGCAUCGUGCGCGUUUCUUUUAGAGCUUUGUGGUUUAUCUGCUAGUAUUCUCCGAAUUGAUAUUGCUGCCUUGCAAAGAAUAUCUUCUUUCUAUAAGUCUGCUGAGAACAAUCAGUAUAGGCAACCAUCUCCCAGGGGCUCUGUAUUUUUUCCAACACCUGUUGAAGUUAAUGUAACUGAAUCUCUCGCACGAUCACUAGCAGAUGAUUAUCUUCAUAAAUCUUCUAGUAACACAAUGCAGAAAAGUGACAGAAACAAUAGUAUUUACAACCAACCAUCACGAGCUCUGCUGCUUGUUCUGCAUCACUUGGAAAAGGCAAGUCUUCCAACACCAUUCAGUGGUGCGACAUGUGGCUCUUGGUUGUCGUGUGGAAAUGGGGAUGGGGCUGAGUUAAGGUCUCAACAGAAAGCUGCAAGCCAGCACUGGCAAUUGGUCACGAUUUUUUGUCAGAUGCAUAACAUUCAUUUAAGCACUAAAUAUCUUGCUGUAUUAGCAAGGGAUAAUGACUGGGUUGGGUUUCUGUCAGAAGCUCAAGUUGGAAAAUAUCCCUUCGAAACAGUAAUCCAAGUGGCGUCAAAGGAGUUCAGUGAUCCCCGUCUAAAGAUUCACAUUGUGACAGUUUUAAAAAGCAUGCAAUCUAGGAAAAAUAUUAAUUCGUCGAAAUUGGAUAAUGCAGAAAGGACUGGAAUUCCUUUGUCAGAUGGCCUCUACGUACCUGUUGAAUUAUUUGGAAUUAUAGCGGAAUGUGAAAAACAGGAAAGACCUGGGGAGGCUCUUCUCCUGAAAGCAAAGAACUUGUGCUGGUCAAUUUUGGCCAUGAUUGCGUCUUGCUUUCCCGAUGUCUCCUCAUUGUCCUGCUUAACUGUUUGGCUGGAAAUAACUGCAGCAAGGGAAACAUCUGCUAUCAAAGUUAAUGACAUUGCAUCCCAAAUUGCAAAAAAUGUUGGAGCUGCAGUGGAGGCUACUAACUCCCUUCCCGCUAGUGCUAGAACUGUAACAUUUCAUUAUAAUAGGAGUAACUCAAAGCGUAGGCGCCUGGUGGAACCCAUUCCACUGGAUUAUUUGUCUUCAACAGAUUCUAAAAUUUCUACAGGUUCUGGUCCCUCCAACAUUCAAAGUGUUAUAUGUGAAGAGGAAAAUGAGAAACUAAGUGAUGAAGAUACCAUUUUUUCAACUGAUUCUGAUAGCAUGGUUAAUGCCUUGUCAAGAAUGGUAGCUGUACUCUGUGAGCAGCACUUGUUCCUUCCUCUGCUACAAGCUUUUGAGAUAUUUCUUCCAUCAUGCUCGCUGUUACCUUUUAUUCGGGCACUUCAGGCCUUCUCACAAAUGCGCGUAUCAGAGGCUAAAGCACAUCUUGGAUCCUUUGCUACCAGAAUUAAGGAAGAGUACUUUCAUGCACAAUCUAACUGGGACAAAGAAGGGAGAAUUGGAAAUUCAUGGACAAGUUCCAUGGCUGUGAAAGCUGCUGAUGCAAUGCUUUUGACAUGUCCGUCGCCAUAUGAAAAAAGAUGCUUGCUAAAGCUCCUUUCUGCUACCGACUUUGGUGAUGGAGGGUCUACUGCAACACGGUAUGGGCAAUUAUGUUGGAAAAUAGAUAUGGCUGAACCUUCUCUGCGGAGUGUUGACUACCCCCUCCUAGGAAAUGAAACUUUUGAUGAUUCUUCCCUUCUAACUGCAUUAGAAAAGAAUGGGUAUUGGGAACAAGCUCGCAGUUGGGCCAAGCAGUUGGAGGUCAGCGGUGAAUCAUGUUGGAAAUUUGCAUCCAAUCAUGUAACUGAAAUGCAGGCUGAAGCCAUGGUUGCAGAAUGGAAGGAAUUUCUUUGGGAUGUCCCAGAAGAGAGGGUUGCUUUGUGGAGCCACUGCCAGACACUUUUCAUCAGAUAUUUCUACCCAGCAAUGCAGGCAGGGCUAUUCUUCCUUAAACAUGCGGAGGCAGCUGAAAAAGAUAUUCCAGCUAGAGAACUUCACGAAAUUUUGCUACUUGCUCUACAGUGGCUUAGUGGAAUGAUAACUCAGUCAAAUCCUUGUUACCCACUGCACCUUCUGCGAGAAAUUGAAACUAGAGUGUGGCUCCUGGCUGUGGAAUCAGAAGCCCAGGUGAAGAGUGAAGGUGAAGAUUCUUUAAGCUACCUUACCCGAGAACCUGGAGCUGGCAAGGGAUCUAACUUAAUAGAUCGUACUGCAAGCAUUAUUGCGAAGAUGGACAAUCAUAUAAAUACACUGAGGCUCAAAUCUGUGGAGAAGAGUGACAGGGAAAACAGUCAGGCACUUCUUAGAAUCAUGCAAACUAAUGAGUCUAGCUCUUCGAGCUAUGCUGGGGGGAGUACAAAGACGAAAAGAAGAGCAAAAGUCUUUGGAUCAUCAAGAAAGCCUUUAUCUGAUGCAGUGGAUAGGAAGUAUGACGAAUCUAUUCCGCUGAACGUCAGAGAUGACUCGCAUUUUGUAGAUGAAAACCUUAAAAUAGAUGCAUCAUUAUCGAGGUGGGAAGAAAGAGUUGGACAUGCUGAACUAGAAAGAGCUAUUCUUUCGUUGUUGGAUUUUGGGCAAACAACUGCUGCCAGACAACUGCAAAAUAAGCUAUCUCCUGACAACACACCAUCUGAAUUCUUACUCAUAGAUGCUGCCUUGAAGUUUGCAGCACUCUCAACUCCAAGCAAUAAAGUUUUCAUAUCAAUGUUGGACGAUGACUUGCGCUCGGUAUUACAGUCAUACAAUCUACUGACUGACCAUAGGGUGAUCGACCCCCUGAAGGUCCUGGAGAGUUUAGCUACCAUUCUUAUCGAAGGUAGUGGACGUGGACUAUGCAGGAGGAUAAUCUCUGUUGUGAAGGCUGCAAAUGUGCUUGGUCUUACAUUUUCAGAGGCAUUCGGAAAACAGCCAAUUGAACUGCUGCAAUUGCUUUCUCUUAAAGCGCAAGAUUCUUUUGAGGAAGCCAAUCUUUUAGUACGAACUCACUCAAUGCCAGCUGCUAAUAUUGCUCAGAUUCUUGCUGAAUCUUUCCUAAAGGGUCUAUUAGCAGCACAUCGUGGGGGAUACAUGGAUUCCCAGAAGGAUGAAGGACCUGCUCCACUGCUAUGGAGAUUUUCCGACUUCUUAAAAUGGGCUGAGCUUUGUCCUUCUGAAUCAGAAAUUGGCCACGCGUUGAUGAGAUUAGUAAUCACGGGGCAAGAAAUACCCCAUGCAUGUGAGGUUGAGCUCCUUAUUCUAUCCCACCACUUCUACAAGUUGUCAGCGUGCCUUGAUGGAGUUGACGUGCUUGUAGCUCUGGCUGCAACAAGGGUAGAAGCUUAUGUAUGGGAGGGUGAUUUCUCAUGUCUUGCUCGCUUGAUAACGGGAGUUGGAAACUUCCACGCCCUCAAUUUCAUACUCGGAAUUCUUAUAGAAAACGGCCAAUUGGAUCUCCUCCUCCAAAAAUAUUCAGCCGCUGCAGAUGCAAACAGUGGUACUGCUGAGGCUGUCAGAGGAUUCAGAAUGGCUGUUCUCACAUCACUCAAGCAGUUUAAUCCGAAUGAUCUUGACGCAUUCGCCCUGGUUUAUAACCACUUCGACAUGAAGCACGAAACUGCUUCCCAUUUGGAGUUACGUGCAAGGCAAUCAUCUCAACAGUGGUUUCUCCGGAACGACAAGGAUCAAAACGAAGACCUACUCGACUCCAUGCGCUUUUACAUCGAAGCUGCUGCAGUUCACUCCUCCAUUGACGCUGGCAAUAAAACUCGAAAAGCUUGUGCUCAGGCAUCACUCGUAUCCCUACAGAUCCGAAUGCCAGACACAAAAUGGCUCAAUCUUUCCGAAACCAAGGCACGAAGAAUACUAGUGCGCCAGUCCCGUUUUCAGGAGGCACUAAUUGUAGCCGAAGCCUAUGGUCUUAACCAGUCAAGUGAAUGGGCUCUUGUGCUUUGGGAACAAAUGCUCAACCCAGAGGUCACUGAACAGUUUGUAGCUGAAUUUGUCGCUGUACUACCUUUACAGCCAUCAAUGCUCGUUGAACUCGCGAGAUUUUAUCGGUCUGAAAUGCAGGCUCGUGGGGACCAAUCACAGCUCUCGGUUUGGUUGACUGGGGGAGGUCUGCCAGCCGAUUGGGCUAAGUAUAUCGGGAGAUCAUUUAGAUGUUUGCUGAAAAGGACAAGAGAUAUCAAGCUAAAAUAUCAUUUGGCCACAACAUCGACUGCGUUUGAUGACGUAAUAGAUUUGUGUAGCAGGGAAUUGGAUAAGGUGCCUGAAAAUGCGGGUCCACUUAUACUGAGGAAAGGGCAUGGAGGGGCGUACCUUCCUUUGAUGUAGCUGUCUGAACGAAACGAGCAUAUCUAUCGAUUGUCUGGUAAAAGAAAAAAAUGAAAAUAGAAAAACAUCGUUGUGUGAAUAUAUUAUAGCUCCUCGUGGCAUUUUAAAUUAUGGGUUUUUUGUUCUCUGUUGAGUUUAGGUGUUUUGGUAGCGUAGAGCCGUGAUAAAGCACACUUAGGCAGUUGCUGGUGAGUCGAUUCUUUUUUGGAAAAUUGCGGUUUUGGGCGUCGGUUUAUUCUUUAGCUUCAAACUCUUCCGAAGCAAGGCCAGUAUAGUGUGUAUGAGUGGAUUAAUUUUUUGUGGAGAUAUACAUUGUGAAACAUGUACAAGUUGUAUAUAUCAUUCACUUGUAAUAAAAUGUGGGAGCCGAUUUUGGAGUUUCUAAUGCUGUAUGUAUUUAGUAUUGUGCAUUUCGGGUGAUUCAGUUUCGACAUUUUCUUUAAAACUUAUUUUCCCUAGGAUUCUGUUUAAUCUUCUCUAUAGUGAAUUCCAAGUGCCUA